GUCUAGGGUUUUCUUCUCUUGGUCGUCGUUGCUGUUCGGCUUCGUUGCGUCGCAGGAGGGGUAGAGAUUGCACGAGUCGCUUCUUCGGCUCCUUUGUCUGUUCGACUUCGCUCCUUCGACGACGUUCCCUUCCUGUCGGAUCUGACGUUACAGCAUUUUGAUUGGAAUCAACGACGAGAGCUCGCUCGCUGUGAAGCUAACUUUCUCCCUUUCGCGCGCUUCUUCGACAAAAUUCCGUAAAUCCGACGAACUACAGGAUUUAGUUAAUACGGGAUUUACGGCAAAAAGAUGGAAGCGGAAAAUUUAUCCAGCCGUGAGAUUUACGGAGCAUAAAUCCUGCUAAAAUCCUACUAAAAUUUUGUUGCCAAACAGCCCCUAAGGUUUUCUUUUCCCCGUCCCAAUUUCUUCCUAGCUUAUUCGGUUUCGCAGGAUGCUUGUUCGCCUCUUUUGACGACGUCGGAUCGGAAGUCACGACGGGAGCUCGCCGCGAAGGUUUUAUCGAGUGAUAUAGCUGCUUUAGAACCUUCAGGCUAGUAUGGAUCCAAAAGUUCAGGCUGUUGAUGUUGAUAGGACGGCUGAUGUUUUGGCACCCGAUAUUGGUUUUAAAGGAGGACUGAGCUUGCCAAAUAAGGAACGUUUGCUGUUCAAGAUCCCAGAGAAAAAAUCAGUCCUGGGUUUGGAUGUAUUAGCUAGCGCUAAAAGGGCAUCCAAAGGUGAUGAAGAAUUCAAAGCUCCUUCAGAAAGAACAAUAUCAGCAGUUACAUAUUUGGAUGAGGAUGAGAAGUCUGGUUCCUAUGGAUCAGAGGAUUUUGGAAGUAAAUUGUCCCUUAGUAGCCGUUCUCAUGCUUCUCGUCACUACCGUGGGACUGUAGCUGAAGAGAAGUUACAAACAAAAUCUGAGCUGAUUGAUGAAGGUAUAGGAGGCUAUGAAUCUCGCACGGAGUUCUCCAGUGAAUCUACAAGUCGGGAUGCAUCCACUUCGGGAAGUUCUAGUAGUUUUCUCACUCAUGGUCGUAUAUACCAUAAGAUGGUGGAUGAACGAAGAAGCAAGGAUGACAAAGAACAUUAUCGAGAAAGAACGGGCAAUAGGAGCUCUACAAGUGAGAAGUAUGCAAUUGAUAGUGAAAAGAAACGCAGAAGACAUGAACAUCCUCCAAGGACGCCAGUUAGAUUUGACUGGGAUGAUAAAAGAAAUGAUUGGGAGGAUACGCCUCGUCGAGAAAGUAGAGAGAGAUAUUCUGUCUCUCAUAGGCCACGACAUGCAUCCCGAUCUCCAAUGCUAGCUGGUGCUUCUCCUGAUGCACGUUUGGUUUCUCCUUAUUUGGGCAGUCAAACGCCCAGAUUUGCAGCUUCUCCUUGGGAUUCUGCUGCACCUUCCCCAGAGCCUAUCCGAGCCUCUGGUGGUUUCUCAAAAAGAGCUUCAGGCUCUCGCCAAGUUGGAAGGUCGCAUCAGCUUUCCUUUUCAGUUGCAUCAAAUUCAGAGGUUACUGAUAAUGACAGAAGUUCUUCAGCUACAGACCAACAUUAUGAGAUCACAGAGGAAAUGUUGCAUGAGAUGAAUUAUGAUGCUGACCGUGCAUGGUAUGACAGGGAAGAACACAACACAAUGUUUGAUUCUUAUAACUCAUCAUUAUUCCAGGGAGAUGAUUUUUCUUUUCAAAAGAAAGAGGCCGAGUUGGCGAAAAGGCUGACUCGAAAGGAUGGAAGCAUGAUGACUUUUGCACAGAGUAAAAAGCUGUCACAAUUAACUGCUGAUAAUGCUCAGUGGGAGGACCGCCAGCUUUUGAGGUCUGGAGCAGUAAGAGGAACGGAAGUUCAAAUGGAGUUUGAAGAUGAGGAUGAGCGGAAGGUUAUUCUUCUCGUUCAUGAUACAAAGCCUCCAUUUCUCGAUGGUAGGGUGGUUUAUACAAAGCAAGCAGAGCCUGUAAUGCCUAUAAAAGAUCCUACAUCAGAUAUGGCUAUAAUUUCACGCAAAGGAUCUUCUUUGGUAAGAGAGAUACACGAGAAGCAGAGCAUGAACAAAUCCCGACAACGGUUUUGGGAGUUAGCUGGGUCAAAACUUGGUGAUAUCCUGGGAGUUCAAAAAACGGCUGAGCAGGUAGAUGCAGAUACUGCUGUUGUUGGAGAACUUGGUGAAGUUGACUUCAAAGAGGAGGCAAAAUUUUCUCAGCAUUUGAAAGAGAAAGGUGAAGCAGUGAGUGAUUUUGCCAAGACAAAAUCAAUUUCUCAACAGAGGCAGUAUCUUCCUAUAUAUUCUGUUCGUGAGGAACUAUUGCAGGUGAUACGAGAAAAUCAGGUAGUGAUUGUUGUUGGAGAAACGGGCUCAGGGAAAACAACACAAUUGACCCAGUAUCUACAUGAAUAUGGAUAUACUACGAAUGGGAUUGUUGGAUGUACUCAACCGAGACGUGUAGCUGCCAUGAGUGUUGCAAAACGAGUUAGUGAGGAGAUGGAUACAGAAUUAGGGGAUAAAGUAGGGUAUGCUAUUCGAUUCGAGGAUGUCACUGGUCCGAACACAGUGAUAAAGUAUAUGACUGAUGGAGUGCUUCUGCGAGAAACUUUGAAAGACUCCGAUCUUGACAAAUACCAUGUUAUAGUAAUGGAUGAAGCACAUGAGAGGUCACUUAGCACAGAUGUGUUGUUUGGCAUACUGAAAAAGGUAGUUGCUCAGCGACGGGACUUAAAGCUCAUCGUGACAUCUGCGACGUUGAAUGCGCAAAAGUUUUCCAACUUCUUUGGAAGUGUUCCUAUAUUCCACAUUCCCGGGAGGACAUUCCCUGUGAACAUUUUGUAUAGUAAAACUCCUAGUGAAGAUUAUGUUGAGGCUGCUGUGAAGCAGGCCAUGACUAUCCACAUAGCCAGCCCUCCAGGCGACAUCCUCAUCUUCAUGACUGGGCAAGAUGAAAUAGAAGCAACCUGUUAUGCUCUUGCUGAACGAAUGGAGCAACUAACCACAUCCACCACGAAGGCAGUUCCCAAGCUAUCCAUUCUUCCUAUCUACUCUCAGCUCCCUGCCGAUCUGCAAGCCAAGAUCUUCCAGAAGGCUGAAGAUGGUGCAAGGAAAUGCAUUGUUGCCACCAACAUUGCAGAGACCUCACUAACAGUGGACGGGAUCUUUUAUGUCAUAGACACAGGCUACGGGAAGAUGAAAGUGUACAACCCUAGGAUGGGCAUGGACGCUCUCCAAGUUUUUCCGGUGAGUCGAGCAGCUGCAGACCAACGAGCAGGGAGAGCCGGCAGGACAGGCCCUGGAACAUGCUAUCGCUUAUAUACAGAGUCUGCAUACCAAAAUGAGAUGUUGGCCACCCCUGUGCCUGAAAUUCAGAGAACCAAUCUUGGUAAUGUGGUGUUGCUGCUCAAGUCCCUGAAGGUUGAGAACCUUUUGGAUUUUGACUUCAUGGAUCCGCCUCCACAGGAGAACAUCCUCAAUUCCAUGUACCAGCUUUGGGUGCUGGGUGCUUUGAACAAUGUUGGAAGCCUCACUGAAAUAGGUUGGAAAAUGGUGGAGUUCCCUCUGGAUCCACCACUUGCAAAGAUGCUGUUGAUGGGCGAGGAAUUAGAAUGCCUCAAUGAAGUCCUGACCAUUGUUUCCAUGCUUUCAGUGCCGUCGGUUUUCUUCCGGCCCAAGGAUCGAGCCGAGGAAAGCGACGCGGCAAGAGAAAAGUUUUUCGUUCCUGAAUCGGAUCACCUAACACUUCUCAAUGUAUAUCAGCAAUGGAAAGCAAACCAGUAUCGAGGAGACUGGUGCAACGACCACUUCUUGCAGGUGAAGGGGCUUCGGAAAGCUAGGGAAGUGAGGUCCCAACUAUUAGACAUACUGAAAACACUGAAGAUUCCUCUUACUUCUUGUGGAAUGGAUUGGGACGUAGUGAGAAAGGCAAUCUGUUCUGCAUAUUUCCAUAAUUCUGCAAGGUUGAAGGGUGUUGGGGAGUAUGUUAAUUGCAGAAAUGGCAUGCCUUGCCAUCUGCAUCCAAGUAGCGCUCUAUAUGGCCUUGGAUACACUCCUGACUACGUAGUUUAUCAUGAACUGGUCCUGACUACUAAAGAAUACAUGCAAUGUGCUACUGCAGUGGAGCCACAGUGGCUUGCAGAAUUGGGACCAAUGUUCUUCUCUAUCAAAGAGUCCGAUACUUCAAUGCUUGAGCAUAAGAAGAGGCAGAAGGAAGAAAAGACUGCAAUGGAGGCAGAGAUGGAGAAUCUACGAAAAGAGCAAGCUGAGUUUCAGAAAACAAGCAAGGAGAAAGAGCGAGAGAAGAGGGCUAAGCACCAGCAGCAGGUGAUAAUGCCUGGCCUUAGAAAGGGUUCGUCAACAUAUCUCAGACCCAAAAAGUUGGGAUUGUAAGUUCAGAUUUUGGCCUGUUGUAUGCUAACAUUCAUGUACAGAUUCAUAUUUAGUUUAUGUUUAAUCAGAGAUGAAUUAUCAAAGAAUUAGAUAUAACAGUUAUGCGAUGGAUGUAAAGCUUGUUAAUAAACUCGUAGGCUUCUUUUGGAGCGGUUUUUUUACCGCUUCUUAAAACAGCUUUUGUACUAAAAAGUUGAUUUAAAAAGCAUUAAGAAAGCCACACCAAACAAAGUCUUAGACCUGCUCAAUUGUCAUUCUUAACCUGGACAGUUCUGUUA